AACUUUAGUAAAUAAGACACGAUGGUUAACGUUCCAAAGACUAGAAAGACCUACUGUAAGGGUAAGGAAUGUCGUAAGCACACUCAACACAAGGUUACUCAAUACAAGGCCGGUAAAGCCUCUUUAUUCGCUCAAGGUAAGAGAAGAUAUGACCGUAAACAAUCCGGUUUCGGUGGUCAAACCAAGCCAGUUUUCCACAAGAAGGCUAAGACUACCAAGAAGGUUGUCUUGAGAUUAGAAUGUGUCGUCUGUAAGACUAAGGCUCAAUUAUCUUUGAAGAGAUGUAAGCACUUCGAAUUGGGUGGUGACAAGAAGCAAAAGGGUCAAGCUUUACAAUUCUAGUAGUGUUGUUGGUUUACAUAUUAUUAUAAAAUUUAUAAAUAAGAAAAACCCCUUCAUGACAAAGAAUAUACAUUUAAUUUAAUGAUUUGUGUGGUGUUUGACUAUUUCACUUGUACUUUAUUCGUGUAUUAAGGAAUACAUACCUUUAUUGAGAUUUUGACAUGUAGAGUAACUCGACUAGUUCGGGACAAUCGCGCCUGAUAAUACCGCUAUAAUUCCGAAUCAAUUUCAGCCUAGGCCAAAAAAAAAGUGGACUACGUAGCAGGUGCGAAUCUCGCUAGCCCACGGUUAACUUCCCACAUCAUUAUUAAUUACUUAGUAGUAUCAGUGACUAUAUCUCUCUAUCAUUUUCUAUGAAAUCCCGAUCUUGUCGACACAAGAUCUAUCCAAUAAGAAACGUACAAACUUAGCACAAACGAGACGACUUGUUUUGAUUUCUGAAACUUCUU